AUGUCGCACCCUGAUCAUGAAGCUAAGCUUACAGACGCGGAACUAGAAGACCUGCAUUUCAGAACAGUACUUGACGCAUUCGCACACUACAGGCAAUAUUCACUCUCCGCCAACGCGCGCCGCUUGAAGGACUUCUAUUCCUUGCCGCUAGCUCACCAGAAGCUCCUUAAUGAGCUUGGGUUUAGGGAACGGAUUGAUAUGGUAGAUCAGCGUAUUGAGGCAAAUGCAAAGUUUCUCAAUGCUGUCGUCGAUCACCCGGACAUUUUCAACGGCGGUGCUCCCGAUGUCGAAGAACAAAUUGGAGACCUUCAGGAAGAGAGCCAUGGUUUUGUUCAUACACAUUCCCAUGAUGGUGGAAAGAGCUUUCACAGUCUGCGUGAUCAUAGUGCCCCAGCCGAGCAAGGCACGAGUGUUCCGCGUUAUUCAAACAAUGAAGACGUGCAUUCGCAUGAUGGUGGCCGCACCUUCCAUACCUCGCACGAUUCUCCACCGGCACCAUCCACCCCGCCUCCAGUGUCGUGCUCACAUCAGGGUAGUUCCGACGUACCACCAUCUCUAGCCAAUGUAGACCGAAGUCCCCAUCCCUAUGACGCGUUGCAACCACACUCUCAUGACGGCGGACAAACAUGGCACACUGCUCACGGUCAAGGCAAACAUGGUUCUCGGAGGGGCGAGAAGAAACGAGUGAGCGAUAACGAUAUGGAUAAGCUGCGGAGCACAUUGAAACAAUUUGUGCGGGAUUGGAGUGUCGAAGGUAAACCAGAACGCGAGGCAUGCUAUGAUCCCAUCUUAGAGGCUUUAGACAUGCAUUUUACGAACCUGUCUGCGGAGGAAAAGGAAUCGGUUCAGGUUCUUGUUCCAGGGACUGGCCUUGCCCGUCUCCCGUAUGAGGUCGUCAAACGGGGAUAUUCUUGCCAGGGCAAUGAAUUUUCUCAUUACAUGCUUUUGUCUUCAUAUUUCAUUUUAAAUCGCACGGAGCAGAUCAAUCAACAUACAAUUUAUCCCUAUAUUCAUUCGUUCUCCAAUAUGCGGACUUCGGACACACUCCUGAAAGAGAUCAAGAUUCCUGAUGUCCUGCCUUCUGACGCCCCUAGGGGACCGUCCUUCUCAUUAGUCGCUGGUGAUUUCGAAGAGAUCUAUGGCACUCUCCAAGAUGGCGACGAAAGAGAGCCGCAGCAAGGCAAAUGGGAUGCAGUUCUGACUUGCUUUUUCAUUGACACUGCGAAGAACAUUGUCAAUUAUCUCCAAAUUAUCUAUGACCUUCUAAAACCUAAAGGGAUUUGGAUUAAUAUGGGCAAGUAA